AUGGAUCUUGUUUACAAGCUUUACAAAAAUCAGGAAACCUCAUAUCUUCCACGUAAAAUUCUCCAAUCCCUAACAUACUCUUUCAUGGGGUUAGCUUCAAAGAUAGCCUUGUCACGUCAUCAACUAAACGUUGUCGGUUCGGAACGCCUUUUAUUGGCCAUUGAUAAAAGACCUAGUAAUCAGCCUUUGAUUACAGUCAGCAAUCACCAUUCGUGUCUUGACGAUUUUUUCUUGUGUGGUUCAUUGCUUAAACUUAGGCAUUUUGCUAACGUAACCGUAUGUCGUUGGUGCUUGACAGCUGUAGAUAUAUGUUAUACAACUUCGUUUCAUACCAACUUCUUCUUCUGGUUCAGAGGAGUUCCCAUAUGGCGAAGAGUUCGUGAUCCGCUAUCUGGUAAAAUAACUCACUUUGGUGGGGGGGUUUAUCAACCUAGUAUGGAUUUUUGCAUAGAUUUACUAAAUUCUGGCCAAUGGGUACAUGUAUUUUCCCAGGGGAGAAUUAUUCAACCUCACGAACGUGGUUCUGAAAAAAAUAUUCGCCUGCGUUGGGGAAUCGGACGAUUGAUAGCAGAAUCAAAAGAAGAUCCACUUGUAAUUCCUGUUUGGCAUUGCGGUCUAGAUCAACUAAAUCCUUCUGAGGUUCCGAAUACGUCUACUACGCUGUCAUGUAUAUUUGGAAAACCACGUCAAUUGACUGUUGUAGUAGGUAAACCAAUCGAUACCCAUGGUUUGCGCCAAGAAUUAAAGAAUAAUUCAUCUGAAUAUUUGGCGUCAUCAGAAUUUCGUUCACAUAUUCACUCUAUGUAUACUCAGGCUAUCCAAGAACAGCUAUACAAACUCAAAGAAGAGACCGAAUGUAAACAUCAAAGACUAAAUCUGAUCUAA